UCGGCGAUACGAGAUUUACGAAGGUAGUUAAGAACGAGAAUUCUCUGACCAAGUCGUACACCUCACAGAGUUUAUCGCAUUUAGGGAUCGUUCUCGAUAUACUACAAAUUGAAAGUGAAAUAGUAACAAGGACGGUACAUUCAAAAUCUAAAAUCAUGGGGUUGAACAAGCUCAGCAUCGAUAAAGUGGACCUUACAGAUAAACGUGUUCUCAUACGGGUAGAUUUCAAUGUGCCACUCAAGGAAGGCAAAAUAACAAAUAACCAGAGAAUCGUGGCUGCAUUGGACACGAUCAAGUAUGCUCUUGAAAAGAAAGCCAAGUCUGUUGUUUUAAUGUCUCAUCUGGGCCGACCCGAUGGAAAAAAGGACAUGAAGUAUACCUUAAAGCCAGUUGCAGAUGAAUUAAAAUCUUUACUCGGAAAGGAGAUUUUAUUUUUGAACGAUUGCAUUGGACCAGAGGUCGAAGCCGCUUGCGCUAACCCCGCACCUGGAACUAUUAUUUUGCUUGAAAAUUUAAGGUUUUACAUAGAAGAAGAAGGCAAAGGAGUCGGUCCUGAUGGAAGUAAAAUAAAAGCAGACAAAGAUAAAGUUGUGGAAUUUAGAAAAUCGUUAAGAAAACUAGGAGACGUGUAUGUGAACGAUGCAUUCGGUACAGCGCAUCGUGCUCACAGCUCUAUGCUUGGUGAAGGGUACGAAAUAAGAGCAAGUGGUUUCCUUUUGAAAAAGGAAUUGGAAUAUUUUGCUAAAGCUCUGGAUAAUCCUGAAAGACCUUUCUUGGCAAUACUAGGAGGUGCAAAGGUUACAGAUAAAAUACAGUUAAUAAAUAAUUUACUGGAUAAAGUUAACGAAAUGAUCAUAGCUGGUGGAAUGGCAUAUACUUUCUUAAAAGUAGCUAAAAAUAUGAAGAUCGGUAAUUCAUUAUUCGACGAAGAAGGCGCAAAAAUUGUUAACGAGUUAUUAGCGAAAGCCGAAAAGAACAAGGUCCAAAUACACUUACCCGUCGAUUUUGUAACCGCGGAUAAAUUUGCCGAAAAUGCAGCUGUCGGUUCUGCUGAUUUGGAAACAGGUAUACCUGAUGGUUGGAUGGGCCUUGAUGUUGGACCAAAAUCAAGAGAAUUAUUUAGCGAACCAGUCAAGAGAGCGAAAAUUAUUGUAUGGAACGGUCCAGCAGGCGUGUUUGAAUUUGAGAAUUUUAGCAAAGGCACGAAAAGUUUAAUGGACAACGUUGUGGAGGCAACAAAGGGAGGUACCAUUACUAUAAUCGGAGGUGGUGAUACAGCCACGUGUGCUGCUAAAUGGAAAACCGAGGAUAAAGUAAGCCACGUAAGCACUGGUGGUGGUGCGAGUUUAGAACUACUCGAAGGAAAAGUAUUACCCGGGGUUGAGGCACUUUCACCUCCGUAAAUUCCAAUCAUAUUAGCGACAUCUAUGUACAAAAAAAUUCAUUGAUUACGCUUAAUUACCAAGUUGGUAUUUGAUGUAAUGGUAUUGAAUGUAAUAGAUAGUAUACUUGAUAAUCCUAGAACGGCGUCGUAUUAAAAAAAACUCGCGUUAUUAUCACGUAUACGACACGAGUUAUAUCGAUACGACGAGAAAAUGUCAGAUAGAUCCAGGUGUUUCAAAAUUACGAUUAAUAUUAGACGUGUAACCUAUUGUAUAGGGUUCCGCAAUCGCAUAGCGCCCUUCGCUUUGCGUUUAAUGCUCUGUUAUCGUCAUCUUGAAAUUCAUACCAAUCAUGUUUCUCAACUUGUAUUUUUUAAGCAAACCAUUAUAUAAAAUUAUUUACUUAAAAUUAAUAUGAUACAAUAAUUAGAACGAAUAUUUUUCUUACGUUGGGCAUAGCAAACUAUCUUUCACCAAACUGUUGUGCUGAUAUUACAAGCAAAACAAAAAAUCGUAACGAGCAAAUACCAACAAACAUACAAAUAACACGUUAUUAUAUUUAUAUGUAGUUACAGAAUACUUUCUGUAAUAAAAUAUCCGAUGUAAUUAUUUAA